AAGAAACAAUUCUGAGAAUUUUCUUCCACUUCCUAAAUGCUCCAGUUUCCCAGAAUCUCGGACGAUGACGUCAAGUGCAAUGAUUUGACUCCUUAAAGGGAGACGCUAGGGUGACAAAGCACACUGAGAAGGAGGAACUACAUUUCCCGUCACUGAAAUCAGACAGUAGUGUCCCCAGAAGCGCCAUGGCGGAAGCAAGUGCGAGUUCUCCCACUAAUUCAGGGAAAAUAGCUCUAGAUCAUGGCAAAUUUUUUAAAUACGAGUCUAUACGCAUCGAGUGGACCAAACACUUUGAGAAUCAUUACUUUGAUGAAGUUCAUGUGGUGAAAGGAUUCUUCAAAACAUUCCACCGCACUCACAAACGAUUUCAGUUUGUAGUCGCAGAGCUCUUCGAUGAGACAACUCAUCUUGUAGUUCGCGCUGAUGACUACCGAGGGAUCAAAGAAGAAUUGGAGCGGAGAACGAAGAAAAGUCUGCCUGAAGUUAGCCAUGUCUCGGGCGUGAAGAUUAUGGAAGAUAGAAAGUCUUUCCUUGACUUUGAGUCACACCGAGAGUUUUCCAUGUCCCUGAAAAAUGAGAAUGACAAAAUAAGACAGAGGAGGAAAGAAGAAGCGAAGAAACACGCAGGUAUAUUCCGUGACUCACUGAAAAGCAAGCCUUGCCCACGCGUUUUGGCGUUUGAUGUGGAAACCUAUGAACACGAUAAAGUUACCGUCCUCGAAGUUGGCUACGUCAUCGCACAAAUUGACAAGCCGGAAGAGCAGGAAGCGUUCCAUUACAUCAUCGAGGAGAAUCUCCACUAUUCAAACAAAGACUACGUCCCUGACAACCGCGAGCGAUUCAAAUUUGGUUCCUCAAAGCGCAUGUCUCUUGUGGAGGCCGCAGAGAAGUUCCAGCAGCAUAUCGCCGACGUAGAGUUUUUGGUGACCCACGCUGGCCAUAAUGAUGAACAGUACCUUGCGGGGUGUGGCAUCUCUUUAGAAGGAAGGCAGAUAUUUGAUACACAGAUGCUGGCCUCGGCUUUGAUGACCGGUGGUCCUCAGACUUACAGCCUCAAACGAUUGCUUGGUGACUUGGCCAUCGAGUAUGACGAGGAUAUUUUACAUAACGCAGGGAAUGAUGCAGUGUACACACUGAAGGCGUUCCUCAGUCUCAGCAAGAAGAUUUAGCCUUCAAACUUUUCCAGCUUAUGUACAAUUUAGUAUUGUACGUUGAACUAUGCAGCGAACCGAUUUUAAAUUUGAGUUAGAAAAUAUUGCAUCAAAUUUUAAACGGAAAUGUAUACAGCUACACUGAAUUAGUAUGACUAAGCAGGAUCUUACUCCUUCCCAAAUACUUUGCUUAGCAUUCCUAGAGGUCAGAUCUACCCAGAACUUUCAAAACAUGCACAUGUGGAUGGAUCUCGAUCGGAAAUGCAGGCAUUUCAAAACUUUGCAUCAAGUAAAUUUUAUUCGCACAUUGGAUAUUUGCACAUGCUGAUUGCAUUUCGAUAACAAAUCGGGCUUCACCGAACUAGUCUUGACGUUACAAGCCCAAUUUUUAGGAAAUUGUAGUUUUACUUUUAAAACAUACUCAGACUUUGGGAAAAUAUUCGAUGCUUUCAUUUUCCAGAAAGCAACGAACAAGGUUAUUAGUUUCAUAGGUAACUACUGCGCUGCUUCGUAGGCAAGUGAAAAAGUUGGUUGUCAGCUAUUCAACGAUUACAAGGUAAAAACAGAGUUACCUUAUCACAGAGCCUGGUUUUGGCCUUUGCAGAUGUGCCCGUAGAGAAACACCAAAAUUGAUUCGUUUGCGCAUGCCCUGCGUUUGACCGCUGUAUUACUUCAUAACGAGGGACAAACCUCGGUCAUUAAUCAAGACAAAUGAUCGCGACAAAUAAUCGCGACGUGCACGUGGUUACGUGGAUCAACAGCUGGUAGGCGAUCGUUUAACUUUCGUUCACUACCGUAGAGUUCCGAUAGUAGCGACCCUCAUUACUUUCGAAAUCAGCAGCCUUUGGGGGUCGCUACUUUCGGGAGGUCGUUACUUUCGGAGAACAAAAAUCGUUUACAAAUAGAGCUGGCGCGAGCUUUUUUUUCUUUCGAAGUAAAAAAAGAACAACAUUUUUUUGCAUUCCAUAUGUAUAGAUUGUGUUUCGUAAAUAGAAGGUAACAAUGAUAAAUACAGCAAUACGGUAAUAAAAUUGAUCGAUAUCAACACCAAUAAACA